AUGCGUUUCAACUCAUCGAGAGCAGCAAUGCCAUCAGGAUCUGGUAUGAGCUUUGGUGGAUAUUCUGGAGGAUCUGGCCUACGUUCCGUUGGAUAUUCUGGAGGAUCUGGUCUACGUUCCGUUGGAUAUUCUGGAGGUUCUGGCUACUCGCCAAUGUCUUUUGGUUCAACUGCGUCUUCUCAACUUCAUCACAAAAAAGAUGGUACAUUGGAUAUGCGGUUUAGUUCUUCGAGAGCUGCUGCUGUCCCUCAGCCAACUUAUGGAAGUCGACCACCAAGUUCUUCUCAGCUUCACCACAAAAAAGAUGGUACAUUGGAUAUGCGCUUUAACUCUUCUAAAGGAGCUACGGCCAGUCAUAGAUCUGGAAACACAUUCUUUGAUCAUGAAAUACCAAAACACGUUCCUGUCACGAAAGCCGGUAUUCCAGAUAUGAGAACAACAGCUGCUAAAGAAUGGGUUAGACAACAAGCUCAAACCGGAGUCCAGGAUGCUCCUUCUUGGUUACCGAGAACUAAAGAUGGUUCUCUUGAUAUUUCAAAACCAGUCACACAAGAAUACUUGAAACACACGGAUGCAGCAUCGACAAAUUAUGUUCCAGAUCAACGGCUAGCGUAUUAUUGUCAAAAACUAGAGGACAUGUUGUUUCGAACACUUGCAAAAGAUGCCAGAGAAGAUGAAGUAGAAAUGCCUCAAUAUGAAAUGUUACCUGAAACAGAAAAUAUUCAACAGCAACUUUGCUCUAGACCGGCCAGAAGUUUUCCUAAACAAGACGACUACUUCGAUUAUUCACCAUAUGAAACGUCAUCUGAAACGCAAGAAACACAACGUCAUUUUCCGUCGAGAUCAACAAGAAGUUCUACGAGACACGAUGAUGAAUAUGAUAUACGUAGCGAAAUUUCUGAAACAGUGACCCUAAUUAACUAUCGUAAUUUAAACAUCGAUUCAAAUGAUAAACUAGGCCAAGGGUCGUUUGGUAUUGUCUAUAAAGGCAUGUGGAAUACUCAAGUUGUCGCAAUAAAACAAUUACAUCUGAACAAGUUGACAAGACAAGAAAAAAAUUCAUUUAUCAAAGAAAUCAAAAUCAUGUCGACAUUAGGUGAACAUCCAAAUCUAGUUUAUCUCUAUGGUUAUACAUUAGAGCCGCUUUGUCUUGUUAUGGAAUAUGUCGAAUUAGGUUCUCUCAGUCAUUUACUUCAUUACUGUGACGAGUCAAGAAUCGAAGCGAAAAUGACGGAUGGAAGAAUAAAGAAGAAACUGAUUCUUGGUGUUGUGCUCGGAAUGGCUCAGUUACAUGCUUUUAACGUUGUUCAUGGAGAUUUGAAACCUCAAAAUAUUUUAAUUUCCAAAGACUACACAGCUAAAGUGACAGACUUUGGCUUUGCGACGCUUCGUGGUAAAACAGCAAGUUCUAUUGCCUCCUCCGCUCUAUCCGAUGAUGGUUCAGCAGUGUGUGGUACCGCAGGCUAUAUGGCUCCUGAACUAUUAGAUAGUUCGAAUCCGCCAGAAUAUUCCUGUGAUGUCUAUUCAUUUGGAGUCAUGUUAAAUGAAAUUAUUCAAGAAGAGGAACCAUAUUCAGAUCAGUUUCGAAAUUUUCUUGGGCGGGGACCAUUUGCCGCCGUAAAUUAUGCUAAACUCGGCAAUCGACCAAAAAUCAAUGCAAGAACGCCUAGCUUCUUGAAGAACUUUAUCGAAAAAUGUUGGAACCGUGAUCCUCGUAGACGUCCAACAUUUCAACAAAUUUUUAAGGAUUUGAAACCAUCCAACGUUAGUUUUCCAGACUCCUUUGAACUGUAA